AUGAUCCAGGAGAGGACUCAGGAGAGGACCCAGGAGAGGACCCAGGAGAGGACCCAGGAGAGGACCCAGGAGAGGACCCAGGAGAGGACCCAGGAGAGGACCCAGGAGAUGAUCCAGGAGAGGACCCAGGAGAGGACCCAGGAGAGGACCCAGGAGAGGACCCAGGAGAUGAUCCAGGAGAGGACCCAGGAGAGGACCCAGGAGAUGAUCCAGGAGAGGACUCAGGAGAGGACCCAGGAGAGGACCCAGGAGAGGACCCAGGAGAGGACCCAGGAGAUGAUCUAG